GUGGUCUUAAAAUGGCAUAUUCUCCUGUAGAAUUCGCUCCAUGCUUUUUGUAUCUCACUGGAUGUGAAAGCACUUAAAGCUCUGAGCAUUUGAAAACAAAACCCACAAAAGAAAAACAUCGCGGAGAGGUUAGUUAGAGAAGAAGAGCAGAAACAGAUUAGAGAAGAAGGAAGGAUGAAAGCAGCUUGUAAGGCUAGAGGAAGAGCUUUGACUUGGUGUGCUGUUUCGAAAAUGGUUUGAUGGGUGGGAUUUGGGGAGGAAUUAGGCCUCUCUGAAUUCCUUACUUCCCUGCUAUUUGACGUCUCCUCAGUCCUCUGAGGAGGAAGAAUUAAGAGGACCUGAAAAGAACAAGAGAAAACCAUCGAUUCUAGCUCUGGAUUGAGUUCUUCGUAUCAGUUCGCUAGGAAUUCAAGAGAGACUUUAUGGGUCUACUCGACCCCAUUGCCUGAUUGGUUCCGGUGAUCUUCGAGAGCGGUGACAGGAUCUUGGGAGAAUUGAAUGAAUCACUGCAUCUCUUCCAAAUAUUAGCAUGCAGGGGUGGUCGUUAAGAUGACCUUGUCAAUCUCUAUGAUUCAAUAGAUUACCCAGAUUCCAUUGUCAAGUUGCUAGAGGUUCCUCAUCAACUGGAUAUCUCCAUAUGUGGCUUGCACAGAAGCAGACAGAAAGUGUUCUUCACUUGUUUGAGUGAAUGCUUUCAUAGGGCAAAUCUCCUUUGGCAUUAGAUAAUCCUUGUCAAAUAAAUUUCGGCUUUGUUGGGGGCAAAUCUCCUUUGGCAAGAAGCACAUCAGGAAUACUGAACUGUUGGUGCAAAUCUUUAAUGGGCUUGAGGACAGUUCAAAUUUAAUUGGAAAUUAUUAUUAGCUUUGGGAAAAUUUGAUGUAUAUGUGAAAGAUUCAUCACUGCUGGGCAAAUCUCCUUUGGCAAUACUCACUGCAGGAAGAGUUCUUUUCAGGCAUAUCUUUUUGUGGCAGUAAAAAAGUUGAAUCAGAUCCAUCUUUUGUUGGACAGAUCUCCUUUGGCAUCAUUCUCUUGGGUGUUUCACUCCAGUCUCGGGCAAAUCUCCUUUGGCAGUUUCUCCUCAGAAACUUAAAUCCAGCUCUUGGGCAAAUCUCCUUUGGCAGUUACUCCUUCGAAUUGUAAGUCCAUCCAUUGGGCAAAUCUCCUUUGGCACUUGGUCCUGGUGGAAACUACUCCACAGUCACUCUCCUUGGUGGAUAGUCCUUCCAGAAGUCUGAACUCUUUGACUGUUUGGAAAAUCUCCUUGGGCAUUUUUUGGGGAACUUAACUCUGGCUGUUACACAAUAUCUCCACCGGCUUAUAAUCCCUGCACAAAUUUCACUCUGUUGGGGCAAAUCUCCUUUGGCACUUAAAUAAUCUGUAGAUUCCUUCUCUGGUGUUCCAGUGCUGACCUUGUUGGUUUCUGGGCAAUUCUUCUUUGGCAUCACAUACAAUCAGAACCUAAUUCAUCUUUGAAGACUUAAAGGUGGAAAUUUUGGUAUUGUGUCAUUUUCCUAUUAACUUCCAGCUACAGGUCCUUGUCACAGUCUUGGGUAAGAUAAUAUCAGAACAACUGGGGUUCAGGUGCUGGCUGUCACAGACUGUUUAAUUAAGAAACAAAAUUUAUUGGACCAGUUGUAUCAACUUUCUUCAAAGUUACUCAUUUCAAGUAAAACACUCUGUGCUUGAAGAAUCUGAUUCUAAUCAACAUACUUUUAAGUUUCACUUGAAUGCUUAGAGGCAUCUAAACGAUGGAUAUGCUCCAUAGCGACACAGAUUGUGAAAGUUUCGGUUUGAGCAGUGGUAGUGAGGAUCAAGAUGACAUUGAUUCUUACGGUGGACAGGCUCAGAGCAUUUUCUCAAGCCUGGAGGAUAGCAUUGGCAAGAUUGAUGAUUUCCUUGCAUUUGAGAGAGGGUUUGUACAUGGGGAUAUCGUUUGCUCCAUGACAGAUCCAUCUGGACAGAUGGGACGAGUGGUUGAUGUGGAUGUGGUUGUGGAUUUGGAAAAUUUCUUUGGUGAAAUUAUCAAAGAUGUAAACAGCAAAAAACUUCUAAAGAUCCGUAACUUUACAUUGGGGGACUAUGUAGUUCAUGGGCCAUGGCUUGGAAAAGUGGGCAGAGUGGUUGAUCGUGUCACCAUCCUCUUUGAUGAUGGUGCAAAAUGUGAGGUUACCACUGCAGAUCCAGUAAAUCUUAUACCCAUGUCUUCCAACCUACUCGAAGAUGCACAGUACCCUUACUAUCCAGGUCAGCUUGUUCGAGUUAGGCACUCCAGUUUUUUCAAAUCAGCAAGAUGGUUGUGUGGUGUCUGGAAGGAAAAUCGAGUUGAAGGUACUGUGUGCCAUGUGGAGGCAGGAUUGGUCUAUAUCGAUUGGGUUGCCUAUGCCAAUAUUGGUAGUGAUAUCAAUUUUCCUGCUCCCCCCUGUAAGCAGGAUUCAAGGAACCUAACUUUGUUGUCAUGUUUUCCAUAUGCUAAUUGGCAGCUGGGUGAUUGGUGUGUACUUCCAGUUGACGUUCAGAGGCUUGUUAAUAAGCAUGUCUCACCUACUUUCUCCUUUCAAGGGUGCAAGAAAAUAGAGGGACAGCAGCGAAGUUUUCCUGAUUCUCAUUUUGAGGAGACUUACAUAAUCAUGAAGAGAAAGAUUAAAGUGGAUGUCCUUUGGCAGGAUGGCAGCCACUCAAGUGGCUUAGAUUCACAGUUGUUAUUCCCAGUAUUCAAUGUUGGUGAUCACGAGUUUUGGCCAGAACAGUUUGUCCAGGAAAAGAUGACUUAUGAUGAUCCACAUGUUUCUAGUUGCCAGAGACUAGGUGUUGUGAAAAGUGUGGAUGCAAAGGAACGAACUGUUAAGGUGAAAUGGAGGACUCCUGUGGUGAACCAAACUGCUUAUUCAGUCAAGGAUUACAAUGAGGAGACUGUUAGUGCAUAUGAAUUGAUUGAACACCCUGACUACUGUUACUGCUUUGGGGAUGUUGUUUUUAGAUUGGAAAAGAACAGAUAUGCUUUUGAAACUGAUGGAAAGAAUGAAACCCAUGAAGAUUACCUAGAAACGGAAGCGGGCGUGGAUUUUGCCCCAGUAUUUGGUGACAGUGCUCUUGAACAUAAGCACAGUGGUCAAGGUCAGCAAGAGGACCCGCAUAAAUAUUAUUUAUCUUGUAUAGGGACUGUUAUUGGCUCUAAAGAUGGAAGCAUUGAGGUGAAAUGGGCUAGUGGUCAUAUAUCCAAGGUUGAGCCUCAUGAAAUUGUUGGCAUUGAUAAAUAUGAAGAAUCAGAUGCAAACCCUGUACACAAUGAAGAAAUUAUUGAGGGUGAUUUGAGUCAGGAAAACCCAGGGUAUGGAAAGCAAUCUUGGAAACUGAAAGAAAAGGAUGUGUUGGAGAAGACCUCGAAUGUUAUUGACAAGGAGUGCAAGAAGGAUGUUUGGGAUUCUGGUGCCUUUUUCCUUCCUCGAGCUGCUAUCGAUUUUUUCACAAAUGUUGUGGCAAGUUUAUUCGGUUCCCAUGGAUCCACUUCUGAGGAUGUGAAUAAAUUUUAUCAUACCCAUGAGAUUGAGGUGUUUGAACAUUGCAAGAUAAACACAGAGGAACCACCAUCAGUGGGAUAUGAUAUGAAGACAUUCAGACAGACAAGUCUGAAGCAGAAAAUAGAAGAACAAGAGAGUAAAGAAUUAUUUUCAUCAGGCAAUGAGAAACAAGGACUGUUUAAGGCUUUUGAUAUUGUUGUUGAUUCCUCAGACCACCACUUUGUUAAUGAAUCUGGUGAUGGAUCGAUGCUAUCACAGGCAAAAAGAGGUUGGUUGAGGAAAGUGCAGCAAGAGUGGACCAUUCUGCAAAGAGAUCUUCCUGAUACGAUCUACAUUCGCGUCUAUGAGGAAAGGAUUGAUCUCCUGAGGGCAGCCAUAGUUGGAGCACCUGGAACUCCAUAUCAUGAUGGGCUUUUCUUCUUUGAUUUUCUCCUCCCCCCUGACUAUCCACAUGAGCCACCAUUGGUGCACUAUAGGUCUGGUGGCCUCUGUCUCAACCCAAACCUGUAUGAAUCAGGAAAGGUCUGUCUCAGCCUCCUCAAUACAUGGACAGGCACAGGCACUGAAGUAUGGAACCCUGGAAGCUCCAGCAUUCUUCAAGUCCUCCUUUCCCUGCAGGCUCUUGUUCUCAAUGAUAAGCCUUAUUUUAAUGAGGCUGGAUAUGAUGAGCAGAAGGGCAAGGCAGAGGGAGAGAAGAAUUCUAUAACUUACAACGAGAAUGCUUUCCUUCUGUCUUGCAAGUCCAUGCUAUACUUGCUACGGAACCCCCCAAAGAAUUUCGAGGCCCUAGUGGAGGAGCACUUCCGGAGACACUCGCACUUAAUUCUUCUGGCCUGUAAGGCAUAUAUGGAAGGUGCACUAGUUGGCUGUGCUUUUGGAUGUGGAAUGACUGAUCAAGAAUGUCAAAAGAGCAGUUCCACUGGUUUCAAAAUAAUGCUAGCUAAGCUCUUCCCUAAGCUUGUCCAGAGUUUUGCUGCCAAGGGAAUCGACUGCAGCCAAUUCAUUGAGACAGAGAAUGGUUUUGUGAUAAAGUAAGUAAUAUCAGUUUACUUGACAGACAUUUACGCAAAGUUAAGGACCAUAUAUUCUGCAUAUGUAAAUCAUGUGCUCAAUAAGGUUUGUCUUUUAUGAUUUUCUUUAUUGAAGUUUGUUGUAUUUAUUGAAGAAAGACUUAACAUUGAAGGAUGUGGUGGUGCAAGUCUCUUGUUUGAUGACUUGUUAAUAACUUAAACCGAAGACUGUUUUGUUGAAUUUCUUAGUAGCAGUGAUUGUACGAGUGCUUAAAAUGUUGAUUCUUGUUUCUUAA